AUGUCGCACAAGCGCAAGGCCUGCGAUAUUCACCCCGGUGUCGACCGGCAUUCGGAUGACCAUGUCUGUCAUCAAGACGAACAGCGUCUGAGGAAAAUCAAAAUCUUGGACGACAGUGAUGUGGACCCGCUGUUGUUGGAAAUCAGCGAGUUCAGCAAUAACGAGAUCGCCGAGGGCGCUGCUGCUGGCCCUGCUGCUCCUCCGACUGCUGCUGCCAUUGCGGUUCCCGCUGGUCCCGCCUCCGUUGCCCCUAUGCUUCUCGGCCCAGCCUUCGGCUCCGCGGCUUACUCCCAGUGGAUGCGCGAGCAGCACCUGCUGCAGCUGACCGAGAGCUCGGUUGAGGCUUCCUUCCCGUCCGUCUUGACGUUGGAGGAGCUUGCCCGGGCCGGUCUUCCGACCGGCCACAUCGAGAUGGACUUCUGGGGCCGUCUAGUGCGCGUGCCUGGUUCUAUGGUUGCCCCCCAGGAUCUCUGGCCACGGCCUCUGGGUCGAUGGGUCUGGGCGCUGGCGAGCCAUCUUUGUCCGUGUAGUUGCCUGCAUCAGGGCGCGGAUUGCGGUGCGCGAUGUGCGUCAGAAACCAGCGCAUCGUGGGGACGCUUUCCGCGACUGGAUGGCUCAUCCAGCCAACGACGUGGCGGCGCUGACGGUGCUCAGCACCAUUCUCGGUUCGAUUUUCGCAAUGGUCGACCGGUCCGAUUUCUCAGUUGCCCGGCUGCAAGAUGUGCUGGGUCCCGUGGAGAGGCGUUCGUUGAGGCUGACGGCAUCAUCAGUUACUUCCUGACGGUGCGCCCGACGCUCGAGCUGAACAGCCCCUUGACACUCGACCAGCAGUGUCGGCUGAGUCGGCUCGGCUGGUUGACCCGGAUUGGUCAGGGCCGAGUCAUGCGCGCUGGAAUGGACUGGGAUUAG